GAAUUUUUAUUAGCCGACAUGAUAGCAAUCUUAGCCAUUGCUAUACGCACAUUAGAGCAAAACAUGACGUCACAGAGGAUAGUGCAUCCAGAAUGACUGUAGGGCUGCAACGUGACACUGCUGCGAUUAUGGCGCUCACUGAUUGUGUGGCUAUGCCUCAGUCUUGUUCUCGUGUUGAGCGGCGAAGGAGGGCACAGAGUGACUCCGCUGCGUAUUAGUUUUGCCUCAGACAAGAGGAAUGAUGAGCGGAUGAUCGUCCGUUUGGGCUCUUUGUUCCUACUAGUUGCUUCUUCCCAGUUAAAGUCUGUUCAUGAUCAUGAAGUUAGCAGUUUAUCUCUACCACUAGUUUCUAUUUCUAAUUCUAGGAGAGUUAUUUGCUACUAGCAGGUGCUUGGUGGUCUUCGGGGUGGCAGUCAGGAGUCUGUGAAGUUUGCAAGCACCAGUAGCAGUUAGCAGGUUGUUGCUCAGUUCCUGUUCACUGCCAGGCACGACCCUAUUAUUUAUACUAUAGUUAAGAGCUGUUUACUGCUGCUGGUGGUUUGCAAAUUGUUGCUAGGCGUAGCAGCGGGGACCCGUUUACUGGAAGCCAGCAGUUUGCCGGCAGUUAGUACUGCAAAAGUUUGGGAUUGUCCGAGUCAAACUCAGUCAUGAGGUACUCUACAACCACGCUGGAACUUAGUAGAAGCAAGAACUCGUAGAAGGCCGUUGUAGAUGAAGGUAAAAGACGUUAGAACUCACUAAAAGAUAAAAAGUGGUACUUCUAGAAGUGGAGGCUUUGCAGAUUUUAGAAGUCAGUAGACCCUAUCAGAAGAUAGUAGAUGCUAGAAGUUGAUAGAAGCUAGAUGAAGUGGGCAGAACAAUUAAAUAGGAAUCACUGCAGCAUGGAUUUGGACGGAAUUUGAGGUCUGCACCAUACCAAAUAUUUUGGCUUCGCCAGGAAAUGAAUUAGAAAAAGAUGAGAUAAAAUGAAAAACUCUUGGCUAUCAAGUUGAAAACUCAAUUUCAAAUUCAAAACUUUACUUAGAUUUGGCCACAAUUUGAGGCGUCCAGCAUAUAAAAAUAACUCAGCAAACGCAAAGAAGCCUCAACGCGCCUUCCGCAAAAGGCGCACUCGCAGUUUCAAAAAAACGAUGAGUAGAAAUCAAUAAAAGA